UUAGCCUGCGACAGAAAAACAAGCGAGGAUAGGUCGAGUAGUACAUGGUCAGUCCGUGUUUGAAAAGAAAGAAAAACCGUAAAACCCAAUAACAUGUGGAUUUAAACGUUGUUUUUGUCGCUUCUUACGUGGGCCUAGUUACUUAUUGUUUGGUACGGGGGGUCCUCAUUCUGGCUUGUUGAGCGUGUCGCCGUUUGCCCAUUCUCACUGGAGUGAACACUAAGGAGGACUCCAUGAAAGAUGACAGAGGAGGUGAUUGUUGUAGCCAAGUGGGACUACACGGCCCAACAGGACCAGGAACUUGACAUCCGUAAAAAUGAGCGUCUCUUCCUCCUGGACGACUCAAAGACCUGGUGGCGUGUCCGCAACGGCGCCAACCAAACGGGGUAUGUGCCAUCGAACUAUGUCGAGCGCAAGAACAGCCUGAAGAAAGGCUCGCUGGUGAAGAACAUCAAAGACACACUGGGUUUGGGAAGAACCAAGAGGAAGACAAGCGCCCGUGAUGCUUCCCCAACGCCAAGCUCAGACACAGAGUACCCCUCUAAUGGCAGCGGGGGCGGAGGGGGUGGAGGAGCUGCUGAGAGGAUCUAUGACCUCAACAUCCCCGCUGUGGUCAAGUUUGCCUACACAGCAGAGAGAGAUGACGAGCUGACCCUGGUCAAGGGCUCCAGGGUCAUCGUGAUGGAGAAGUGUAGUGACGGCUGGUGGCGGGGCAGUCAGGCGGGCCGCGUGGGAUGGUUUCCCUCCAAUUAUGUUCAGGAAGAGGUCGGUGGGGCGGAUGACAGAGGGGAGGGAGAUUCCUCACGGGCCUAUCACGGAGGCUCUCAAGGAACUUUGUUGGCCAACGGGCGUGCAGGCGGCCGAGCCAAAGUGCUCCACCUGGUUCAAACACUCUACCCCUUCAGCUCUGUGACCGAGGAGGAGCUGAACUUUGAGAAGGGAGAGGUCAUGGAGGUGGUGGAGAAGCCUGAGAACGACCCGGAGUGGUGGAGGUGUAAGAACUCGCGUGGCAUGGUGGGCCUGGUGCCUAAAAACUAUGUGAUGGUGCUGGACGAGCGGCCCGACCUGCCUGCGCCGAGCUCCCCGCAGAACCGCUUGGUGGCACCGGCACGCUCGGGGAAGUUCGCUGGGAGGGACUGGUACUAUGGCAACAUCACCAGACACCAGGCCGAGUGUAUACUGAACGAGAGAGGAGAGGAGGGCGACUUCCUCAUACGAGACAGCGAGUCAUCGCCCAAUGAUUUCUCUGUGUCUCUGAAGGCGGCCGGUAAGAAUAAGCACUUUAAAGUGCAGCAGUCAGAGGGAGUGUACUGUAUUGGCCAGCGCAGGUUCAACUCCAUGGAUGAACUAGUGGAGCACUACAAGAAAGCCCCCAUCUUUACCAGCGAACAUGGAGAGAAGCUGUACCUGGUCAAAGCGCUGCUGUGAUUCACACAUCCUCACACCUACACUGGAUCUCACACACACCUACACACUAAACACACUUAAUACUAAUGCCACUCCCUGACCGUCUUAACUCAAGCCUUAGCUCUGGACCCUCUCGCUGUGGCGUCUGUCCUACAUCCAGAUCCUCUGUCACUCCAGUCUGUCGCCCUCCAGUGGCGAUCGGGUGAAACUCUCGAGCACUGUGUCAGGAAACACCCAGCUGCGUCCUCCAUGUGCAGCACAGUGCAUAAUAAGCCUCUGUUUCUUGGAAGUGCUGACAUUUGCAGUGACCACAUCUGCCGCAAACAGAACGCCUGAGGCCUUGUUGGGGAUUGAGCUCUCCUUCUGAUGUCAUACAUAAUGUCCAUUUACUACCGCACACAUUGUAGGUUGCACCAUUGCUCUUAAUCCACACAGGAGGACAGACGCUUAACAGUUCAAAAAGGACUCGAACCUCUGAGAGACCUUCUCUCGUGUUGUCCUGUCAAAUUCCUGGCCAUUGUUUUAUUUUGUUCAUUUAUUUUUAAAAGAAUGCUUGUUCCUGAGUUAACUUUUUGUUUUUUAAAGCUAAUUUAAAUUCCUUUUUGGGAGGUUUGAAUCAUUGCUCUUUAAUACAGUGACUUCACAAAGUGACCAGAAUCACUCUCUUGCCUUUUUCUCCUAGUUUUCAUCAUUCCUCUACAUGAUUUCUCUCCCCAUUUGAACUUGUGCCCUCUGUCACUUUUUCAAAAAUUCCUCUUCUUUCUGUCUCCACAGACCCAGCCAUUAGUAGUGAUGUUAUUUAAGAUCUGGAUACAGUACUUCCUGUGAUAUUUCCAAGAGGCACUAUGGGGAGCAUUAAUGCAAUAGGGGAGACGUCUGAUUUCCUGUAGAGUUUGAAUGUUUAUCAAUGUAACCAAAUGUGCCACCCUGUACCCAUACGACUGGCUCCAGGUCUGCACUGCACUCACCACACUUGGCAUUCAUUCAUAGCUCUAUGCUCAUGCUUUAUACUGUGUCACAUUGAACAUGUUUCUGUUCUGUUCUCCAUGUGUCUGUAGGAUACUCGCUGAAGUAAAAUAAAAAACCUUUUUGGUGACACUUGUGAGUAGCUACACUUGAUCUACUCCAGCUGUGCGAAUGAAUGCAGUUAUGAAAGAGUACCCUUUUGAUGUAGUAUUUGUCUGACAAGAGGAUUUUGCAGGAAAAGUGUUAUCGUUCAGAAAAAAAAAACUAUACAAUUUAGUGAUUGACUGAGACCCCAAUAACAAAUUAACUGAGGGUUGGCCCUAAGGCCUACACUAA